AUGGAACAUCGAAGAAGGACCUUCGUGGUGCUGGCGGCGAUGCUGGCGAUGUUGGUCGGUGCGGUCAGUGGCUCCCAGUGCUCGUGGGAGUACGAGAAGACGAGUGUGGUGUGCCGGCUGCGGACGCUCGAGCGUACCGGGCUCGAUCUGCAGGGUGCCGAGGGUACGACCCGGCUCGACAUCCAGUGCAGCGAGCUGAUCCUGUUCGAGAGUCAGCUGCCGCGGAACAGCUUUGCCCGGCUGGCCGGCCUCGGCGAGCUGCGGUUGGAGUCGUGCAAGCUGCUCCAGCUUCCGGAGGGUGCCUUCGAGGGUCUGACGGCGCUGAAGAAGCUGGCCGUCAACACGCGCAACUACGAGUGGGGUCCUGGCAAGGUGCUGGAGCUGCAGGCCGGCUCGAUGCGUGGCUUGAAGGAGUUGCAGUCGUUGGACCUGAGCGACAACAACAUCCGUGCCCUGCCCGAUGGGUUCCUGUGCCCGCUGACCGGGUUGAAGGUACUAAACCUCACCAACAACCGGUUCCGCUCGGCUGAGGCGCUCGGUUUGGCGGAGAAAAGCUGCACCGGAGGUUCGGAGCUGCAGUCGCUCAAUCUGGCCUACAACGAACUCCGGGCGGUGCCGGAGAAUUGGGGUGUCUCGAAGCUGCGGCGCUUACAGCACCUCAACCUGGAGUACAAUAACAUCUCGGAGGUGCACGGCGAUGCACUGGCUGGCCUUAGUUCGCUGCGUACGCUCAACCUCAGCUACAACCAUCUGGAAACGUUGCCGGCCGGCAUGUUUGCCGGGUCGCGGGACCUGCGGGAGAUUCACCUCCAGGGUAACCAGAUCUACGAGCUGCCCCGAGGGCUUUUCCACCGGCUCGAGCAACUGCUGGUGUUGGACCUCUCGCGGAACCAGCUGUCAUCGCACCACGUCGACAAUGGUACCUUCUCGGGACUGAUCCGCCUGGUUGUGCUCAACCUGGCGCACAACGCCCUCACCCGGAUCGACGCGAAAACGUUCAAGGAGCUUUACUUCCUGCAGAUCCUCGAUCUGCGCAACAACUCGAUCGGGUACAUCGAGGACAACGCGUUCCUGCCGGUGUACAACCUGCACACGCUCAACCUGGCCGAGAACCGGCUGCACACGCUCGACGACCGGCUGUUCAACGGGCUGUUCGUGCUGUCGAAGCUCACGCUCAACAACAACCUGAUCAGCAUCGUCGAACCGAACGUGUUCAAGAACUGCUCCGACCUCAAGGAGCUCGAUCUCAGCUCGAACCAGCUGACGGAGGUACCGUACGCCAUCCGCGACCUGUCGAUGCUGCGGGCGCUCGAUCUGGGCGAGAACCAGAUCUCCCGCAUCGAGAACGGGACGUUCUCGAACCUGAACCAGCUGACCGGGCUGCGGAUGAUUGACAACCAGAUCGAGAACAUCACGAUCGGGAUGUUCACCGAUCUGCCGCGGCUGUCCGUGCUCAACCUGGCGAAGAACCGUGUGCAGAACAUCGAGCGUGGUUCGUUCGAUAAGAACCUGGACAUAGAGGCGAUCCGGCUGGAUGGCAAUUUCCUUACGGACAUUAACGGCAUCUUUGCGACGCUCUCGUCGCUGCUGUGGCUCAAUCUGGCCGAGAACCAUCUCGUGUGGUUCGAUUACGCGUUCAUCCCGAGCAACCUGAAGUGGCUGGACAUCCACGGGAACUACAUCGAAUCGCUCGGCAACUACUACAAGCUGCAGGAGGAAAUCAAAGUGAAGACGCUGGACGCGAGCCACAACCGGCUGACGGACCUGGGGCCCAUGAACGUGCCGAACAGUGUGGAACUGCUGUUCGUGAACGAUAACCACAUCGGUACGAUCCACGCGAACACCUUCAUCGAUAAGAUAAACCUGGCCCGGGUGGAUCUGUACGCGAAUGCCCUAAAGAAGCUGCAACUCCACCAGCUCCGGGUGGCGCCGGCUCCUACGGAGAAGCCUCUGCCCGAGUUCUACCUGGGAGGCAAUCCGUUCGAGUGCGACUGUUCGAUGGAGUGGAUGCAGCGAGUGAACAACCUAACCACUCGCCAGCAUCCGAAGAUCAUGGACCUGCCGAACGUGGAGUGUAUCAUGCCCCAUGCCCGCGGGUCCCCCAUCCGCCCCAUUGUGUCGCUGAAGCCGAAAGACUUCCUGUGCCGGUACGAGACGCACUGCUUCGCGCUCUGCCACUGUUGUGACUUUGAUGCGUGCGAUUGUGAGAUGACGUGCCCGUCGAACUGUACGUGCUACCACGACCAGACGUGGAGUACGAACGUGGUGGACUGUGGUGGGCAGCAGGCGGUCGGUGGACCUCGUCCCGUUCCGAUGGACGCGACCGAGGUGUACCUCGAUGGCAACGACUUCCCGGAGCUGCAGAACCACGCGUUCAUUGGCCGCAAGAACCUGAAGGUGUUGUACGCGAACGCGAGUCGGGUGGUGACCAUCCAGAACCGCACGUUCGCAGGGCUGACGGCGCUGCAGGUGCUCCACCUCGAGGACAAUGCCCUCCAGCGUAUCCAUGGGUAUGAGUUCGAGAACUUGGGACUGUUGCGGGAGCUCUACCUCCAGAACAACGCCAUCCAGACCAUCGCCAAUGGGUCGUUUGCGCCGCUGUACUCGCUUCGCGUGCUGCGAAUCGAUGGCAACCGGCUUUCGCAGAUGCCCCUGUUCCAGCUGCAAGCGACCCAACUGCAGAGCCUUCAGGCGCUAUCGCUCGGACGCAAUCAGUGGAGCUGCCGGUGUCGGUUCAUGCAGGAGCUGACCACGUUCGUGGCGGACAACGCGGUCAUUGUGCAGGACAUGCAGGAUGUGUACUGCGUCGACGAUGGUGUGCACCGGGAGCUCGACUUUAACGUGAGUGCGGCGUGCAGUGACUUCUACGCCGGCCGUUCCGUGCUACCGGAUCGGCUCUCGGAGACGUACAUCUUCCUGCUGGCCGGUGCGCUCAUCCUCGCCUGCCUGCUCGUGUUCGUGCUGGUUGUGUUUAUUUUUCGUGAACCACUGCGCUUUUGGUUGUUCUCGCGCUACGGCGUAAGGGUGUUCGGGCCACGCUGUGAAGACUCGGAGAAGCUGUACGACGCCAUCUUGGUGUACUCGGCGAAGGAUGCGGAGUUCGUGCAGCGGAACAUCGCGGCGGAGCUGGAGAACGGGCGGCCACCGUUGAGGCUGUGUCUGCAGCAUCGCGACCUCCCGGAGGACGCUUCCCACCUGCAGCUGCUGGAGGCCUCUCGGGCCUCGCGUCGGAUUGUGAUGAUCCUGUCGAGGAACUUCCUGCAGACCGAGUGGAGCCGGUGUGAGCUGCGUCGAGCGAUCCAUGACGCACUCCGCGGUCGGCCGUACAAGCUGGUGGUGAUCGAGGAAGGUGGCGGUGUCCUGCUGGAGGCCGAAAACGAUGUCGAGCUGGUCCCCUACCUGAAGACGACGACGGUGACGCGGGUUCGGCGUGGCGACCGCCACUUCUGGGAGAAGCUGAGGUACGCGCUGCCGGUGGAAGCUCCCUACCGGGGUAACAACUACACGAUCGACCAUCAUGAGCGCAUCAAGCAGACGGGCGGUGCGACGGCGGGUGUCAUGUUCCGGCAGCCACCCCCGCCCGCCUACUGUCCCGAGAUCGACGAGGCCAACUACUCCUCGGCGACGACGGCCACCCCCAGUCCGAGGCCAUCGCGGCGCGGCAUGGUCGAGAUCCCGCAGCGGCCACCGAGCGAGCACAUCUACUCCAGCAUCGACUCCGACUACAGCACGCUCGAGUGCGAGAACAUGGUCCAGGCGGGUGUCCACAGGCCGACGUGGCGAUCCGGAACCGGGCAGGUGAUGGUUGGGAACGGUGCCGUGCAGAUGGGCAUCGUAGGUCAGGCGGCCGCCGCAGCCGCCGCAGGAGCAGUCAGUGGCGCGCCGAACGGUGGAACGAUGCACUCGAACCAUGGCCACCACGUGCAGGCGUAUCUGGUCUGA